AUGGUCUGGGAUUUUCUCCAUGGCACCUCUACAAACCCAUACACCAGAUAUGCUAGAAAGGAGUGCGAUCUUAUACUUCUGCCUAGCUUUUUAAGAAGCUAUAAAUUCAAGGGUCUCACCUGGUGGGGGAACUGCAACUCCAGAGAAAUGGACAUCAUGCCAUCUCUUUUCCAGAAACAUGAAUGGGGCGAAGCGUCGGGGAAUACACAGGCAGAUAUGUUUCCUGGCAUUAGUCCAGAGACCUCCAGAAGACAAACGAUUGUCCCUAAGAGCACCUUUGACAGGCCCGGACCCCAUCCGCAUGAGACUGCUGGUCCCGCGGAUCUACCCAAAGCAAGAGGGAUACGAAUGUGCGCCUGUGCAACCGCUGUUAAUGUACUCCCUAUAGCUAUAUGUGCAACCUUCAACAACAUGGCCGCUCCACCCUCAACCUCUGUGUCUCUUAUCACCAAAUCUACGUACGCAGUUUCUUAUGUGUUCCGCUUUUCUCUUUUAAGAUUAAAGUUCUCGACUUUUGGGCCUAUGAUAACUGUAAAAAAGAAUGACAUGUUAUGCGAAUAUCUGGAAAGCAUCUUCGAAACCCCCAGCCUACCUCUAUAA